CUGUUAGGUUCUACAGAAAUAGUUUCAUUUGUUUUUGUUCAGAACGCCGAUGGUGUUUUGGCUUAUUUGGACGCAGUGGAAAAUGCAAAACGCCAUCAAGCCGAAGCUGCCCGAGCUCAAGCUGCGGCGGAAGAAAUUCAGAGCAGAUACGAUGAGCUGAACGAGCUCCAAACCAGUGUCAUCAAAGACAACACAAGAUUGUAUGAAAGGAAUGCCGAGCUCGAAGCGCGUGCGGAGAAAUUCGAUGGUGAAAUAAAUAGUUUGAACGAAGACUGGAAAAAGAAGUUGGAGAAAGAGAAAAUGGAAUGGGAUGAAGCGCAUCGAGAAAUUGAGACGGAAUGUGCACAAAUGAAAAAGCAGCUCGUCGAUCUACAGGAUGUUCUAGCGACUGUUACUCGAGACGCUACCGAGAAUUCGCGCAGGUCAACAGAUCCACUUUCAACAUAUUCUUUAUUAUAG